CGUCGCGUAGUUUUGGUGUUCGCGACCUCGGGAAGAGACAAUUGCUGGUCCAAACGCAAUCGACACUUGCCAACCUCCCGUAACCAUAACAAUUACGAUUGUGAGGUCGUCGUCCGUACUUGUUAUCCCUACACCACUACUUUCUCAUAUUUGCUGUAUCUCGUCGACUAUACAUGAAUUCGAAUUUUUAAGUUCUUCCCCCCUUCUACUCAUCGCUACCCUCGACAUGGCCCAUCCUGCGGCGCCCGCAGAACUUGCAACCGUUGUACCCAUGGACGUGGACAAUGAGCUUGAAGCCGAUUCCACAGCCAUCUCUCCAGAACCAAAAAUCACACAUGCCCCCGCACAAUCCGCCAAUGCACUAUCAAAGUUGCUCGAUGACGAUGCCGACUCAGAGGUUGAUGAGCCUCAAGCUCAGAAGCCGCGGCCGAACAUCCUUACACGUUUACAACCUCAACACACCACCGGGGAUUCGUCUUCAGACAGCGAAGAUGAUGCUGGUGUGAGCGCUUACGAGCGUGUCAAGAAGAUGCUCAUGAAUAAAUCAACUCAGAACGCACAAAUGGAGUCACAAUCAACUACACAAGCGGCAGCACAGGCAACAUCACAACCCGCCUCGACUCUGGAUAUAUCUCGCCUUUCAAGUAGUGAAGACGAGGAUGAUAUGCCCGUCCAGAGAAAAGUCAUCAGGAAGACAGCUACACGGAUAGCAAGGGACACCCCAUCUCCAGCACAGUCGCCCACAAAAUCACAUUCACGACACUCAUCGCCGGGCCUGUUCGUUUCCCCCAAUGGUUCUCCAGUGAAGAGAACUCGGCCCGUUAGCAAUGCUUCAAAUGACUCCGAAUCCGAUGAAUUGCCUGCCUCGAGAUCUUCCAAAGAGAUGAAGGCUCGUGUUGAACGUAUCAGAGCACAGAGAUUGGCGAAGGAGAAGUCAACAUCCGCAAAGAAGCAGACACAUUCGAAAGAAGCGAGCACGGAUGACGAGACAGAUAGCGAUCCCGAUGGUGAGAACGGACGACGUCUCACACAACAAUCCCGACCUACACGCAAGGCCGGGAAGAAGGCCUUGGAGGAAAUGAGUCGGGAGCAGCAAAGGAUCAGUCGAAAUAUGCAAUUGGCCCACAAGGCAAAGACCAAGAAGAAGUAUACGACAAAGGAUCUCUUUGCUCGCUUCAAUUACCAAACAGAAGCAACCGGAGCUCUACCCACUCCUCCCACGAGCUUCAGCCAAAGGUCGUCUGAUGUAGAGCACGACAAACCCUAUGACACACCGCCAACCAGCCCUCCAGUCCAGGAAGAAUCGGCCAAGAACGACACGCUCACAGAAUUGGAGGUUUCUGCCGCCUCGCCUUCUCUUGAGACUAUUGGACUAGUCCCAUCCGUGCAUAAGGGGAAAGGCAGAGCUCCAGAAUUCCAACAUCUUCCACCAAACGCGGCGGAAGAGCAAGCAACAAUACAGCGCGCGCAGGUUCCAUCAAUUCACGUAGAGAAGCCCUUAGCAUCUGAAAUGGUAGAACUUUCAGACUCAGAAGACGAACUGAAAACACCUCGACCGAAGAGUAGGUUCCCUGUAUUUGACAGGGUACCACAGCAGAAGCAGCAACAAUCAUCAUCUCUCCAUCACCUCCGCCACCUUGCUAAUUUGACUUCACCCGGAAAGAAGGGGGUGAAGGGCAAGCCUUCCAUGACGAUCAUCGAAUUGGGCUCUUCUCUCAACCAACUAGCACGAAAACAAGCUCAGCGGGAACGAGAGGAGAAGAUCGAGGAGUUGCGUCGCCGAGGAAUUCAUAUUGAGACGGCAGAAGAGCGUGAGAAGCAUGAGUUAGAGAUCGAGAACAUCGUUGCCCAACUUGAAAAGGCUCGGCAGGAAGACCUCAAACUCACCAAACUCGAAAAGGCGGAAGCCAGGAAGAAUGGUGAGGUUGGCGAUGAGUUGGCAUCUAGUGACGAGUCUGACGAUGGAGACUAUGCCGCCAGCGAUGAAGAUGGAGCACCUGAGUCUGAGCCCGAGGACGAGGUUGAGCUUGAGCUAUCUGGCUCAGAGGACGAAAGUCUUGCGGAAGACGAGGAUGAUGUCGGGAACCAUAACGACUUGAUUGACGGUGCGGCGGAAGAGGAAGACAAGGAAGAAGACGAAGAAGACGAAGAGCUUGCCGAGAUUUCCGAAGCCGCUGCAGUACAAGAUGACGAUGACAUGGAGGAGACUCUCCUUCCAGUCACCAGAGCACGUCCUAGUAAACGGGCUCGUAAUGUUAUCGUCGAUGAUGAAGAUGACAGCGAGGCCGAUGUACCGAACAAUAGCACGCCGACCCAACGACCAUUGUCACCAACGCAGCAAGACGAUGGUAUGGCUGCGGCAUUUGGCUUCGACAAGUCGUCUCCUUCGCUUGGACUAACCCAAAUGUUUGCGGGAACAAUGGCCGAUCUACAGACUGGAUCCCAGAACGCACAUCCAAUUGACAAUGAGCCCGAACAGGACUCGAUAGCCUUCCUUCGCAGUCUACCUGAUAGCCAAGCAAUGGUUUCGCAGUUCCCCGCCACACUUGUUCCCAACAGCCAGACACCCGUUUCCCCACAGAAGGAGUCCCAAGUCGGACAGUCCAUGCCUCAGCUCAAUCUCGGUAUCAGUCAACUCAUCGACACGUCUCCUGCCUUCUCGCACACUCAAGAUUUUGAGCCGACGCAGGAUGGAGGCUUUGAAUUCACGCGGUCCCCCGCUGUCUUAAUUGCGCCAUCGUCCACGGUUGACACUGUCAUGAUGCCAGUUGCAGAGUCUCCUGUGAAACAAAGGAAGGGCAGGCUCCAUCAGCGAAAGCAGCUGAUUGCCGACUUCUCUGAUGUUGAAGAGGAAAGUACAGCUGUAGAGAGCAACAACAAGCCAGAUGCCGACAAUGCAUUUGCUGUUCUUAAGAAGGCUGCAAAGAAGGAGAAGAAGAAAGUCGACAAGUUCAACAAGAACACGAGUUGGGCAAAGGAUAUCGUCCAAGAGCAAGCUGAGGAAUCUGAGGACGAAUACGCCGGUAUUGGUGGAGCAAGUGACGAUGACAGUGCCGAAGAUGAUGAGGAGCUCGCAGAGAUGAUUGACCAUGAUGAAGUGAAGGUUGAUGAGCGCAAACUUGCCUCUUACUUCUUGGAGAAAGAGAAGGUCACGGAUGAGAAGAACAUCAACCAACUUUACAAAGACAUCAUGAACGGUGGGCUUCGGAAACGGCGAGGUGGUGACGCCUUUGACCUCUCUGACUCGGAAGACGAGGCAGAGCAGCGACGCAGGAAGAAGCAAAUGCAGUUCCGACAAAUGACCAAGGCACUCAUCUCGGAUGAGAGAAUCGGCAAGAUUGCCCAGAAUCCCAAGCAGGCUGCAUUCUUCAACACCCUCGCCGAUCACUUGGAAGAUCCAGACAACGACUUCCUGAACGAGCCUGAACUUCUCAACGGGGAAAGUCGGUCUCAGUCCCAAUCAGAAGAGGGCAAAGAAACCAAUGAGACUGCGGAUGUAGCAAUCCCUGAUUCUCAGUCUGCCGAGGCCUCGGUCACCACAGGUGCUCCGGUCAAUCCACUGAAGCGCAAGCUUCCCGACUCCCAAGAGAAGGAGAACCGUCCACCAGCUCACCUGCGACGGACCGCCGCCAACGAGACUCUUACGCGGAAGCCUAUGACGAUUGCCGAUAUCCAACACUCAGUCUCAGAACUCCUCGACGACCCUCGCGACGUCAUUCCCGAGACUCAACCCUACGAUUCAGAUUCCGAUAUCGAGAUCGAGCCUCCCGUGAAAGCAGCCUCACGCAAGCCGAUCAUCGACCGUCUUACCUUAUCACGAACCACGAUUGAGGUAUCAGAUGCUGCAGCUGGGGGCCACAUGGCCUUCGUUUCAGCAUCUGGAGGUACCCUGCCUGGCUUCCGCGUGCCGAGCUUGAUUCGGAGAGCAACAAGCAACCUAUCUACCGCUAGUAGCGGUAGCUCAGGAACCACUACGCCUGUGGAGGGCGGUGGUGUCAGGCGCGGUGGAACGGGCAGGAGCAACAUCCACGCCCAGGCCAGGGAAGCCGAGAGGAGGGCUGCGUUGGAUAAGGUGGAGAAGAAGAGGAAGGACGAGCUCAAGAAGAAAGUGAGCCGGGCGAAGAACCAGAGGAGCGUGCUUGCCAGCCUUGGAGGUGGCUUUGAAUGAUUUGACGUAUACCCUUUCAUAGUAAUGGCGUUUCUAGGACAUGGUCUUGAAUAGGCAUUGCAGCAUCGUUAGGAUUGAAAAUUAGCAUAUCGUUCCAUAG